UUGAUUUGUUAUCUACUAAAUAGAAGAGAAGCUAUGUAAGGAAAAUUAAAAUUUUCAACAUCUUAGAAAUGCGUUGCUGUGUGCCCUUCUGCAAAACCACUGCGGAGGUCGUCUCCGAAUCCGAGGAGAUUACAUUUCACGAGUUCCCCAGCGAAGUGCAUCUCCGAGCUGCUUGGCUCAGAGCCCUCGGCAAACAAGACACUCUCCUGCCAGAGCGUGCUGUGGUCUGCUCGCAGCAUUUUCUAAACGAUGACAUUUAUGAAACAGAAAGUGGCUCAAGGCGGAUUCGUACUGGUGCUGUCCCCUCACCAGUGCUGGUCUGCAUGAUAUGCCUGGACACUCGCAGCAAGCUGUUUCUGAUGAGUAAAUACAAGCUGGAAGAAGCAUAUGAACAUUUAGUGGGACAUCCUUUGUGUGGUCAAGGAAAGCUCAAACCAACGCUUUGUGUGCAAUGUGCCCAGAGACUGGUGAACUUUAGCACAUUCAGAGACAAGAGCUUGAGAGCGCGCUCCCUGAUGAUGGAGCUACUUGACAGACAUGAAGUGAUAACAAUACGACAUGUCAAAUUGAUAAGCCGUGUAAAGUACCAACUACAGUCUGACAUUGUCUCGGCAGUGUCAGAGCCUGACUACUGCGAUGUGUACAUAGCACACUCCGACGCGGACGGACGGACAGAACUAGACGCGACUGCGACUGCCGCAACUGAUGAAGCAGUUGCAGUGAAACGGGAAGUUGAAGACCGUGAAGAUGAUGAAGACGAGCCAGUUGUGGCCGAAACACAGGCUCCCACCGCGCACAUUAUUUGCAAGCGAGAGUCGUCGGCAGACUGCGAUCAAGCUUUGGUCGCUCCUUCGGUUCUCGCGACCAAUCACGGAAACGAAGAACAUCCAACUGAUACAGACGACGAGUUGGGUAUAAUAUUGUCUUUCGAAAAUAAUACAAACACUUUUGAAUAUUCAACGAAACCUCAGGACUCCGAACUAAAACCAAAGGAAUCCUUUACAAAAAUAAGUAAUAAUAUCAAUAUUCGAACGACGAGGCGAAACAAACACAAUUCCCAGGAUAUAUCCGGUACACAGUUAGGAAACUAUACUGACCAGGUACAGUAUAUCUGUGACGUUUGCCAUAAGAUAUUUCAACGGAAAAGUUCCUUAGUUAUCCACAUUAGGGCGCACACUUACGCUAACACUUUCUCAUGUAAGUUAAGAAAGCGCAAAUUCAGUCAAAAUAGUACGUCAUCGAGCCCCAGGAGGACUCACACUGGCGAAAAGCUUUUUGUUUGUAAGUUGUGCGUUUAUAAAUGUACAAAAAUGGUAGUUUAGUGAAACACAUGAGGACUCACACUGGCGAAAAGCCUUUUGU